UAGCGGGAUAUCACUGAGUUGAACCAAAUUGUUUUUGCACUGCAUGUAACUACCAUCUGGUUUUUCUUUCUUCUUUUUCGUUUCGUUUUGCAGUAUGACUGAUACGACCUCUUACAGUGGAGAUGAAUAUACGGACGAGGACGAGGAAGAAGAAGAGGAGUUAGACCCUCGUGUACAGGACGAGCUUGAGAGACUGAAUGUGUCUGCCAACUCAAUAAACCAUUUGGAAGCUGAACUUGAUGAGGCCAGAGCUGUGUUCCGCCAAACCAUGGCUGCUGCAACUUAUCAUUUAAAUGCCCAGGCACAGAAGCUUGGAAAGUGUAUAGACAAGGCUCGACCUUUUUAUGAUGUGCUGAGAGAGAUGCGAAAGGCUCACUUUGAGUUACAAAAAGCAACACUACAGUUUGAAAAAGCAAACAGCAGGCAUGUUUAUGCACGGCAGAGAGUACAUGAGGCUGAACAAAGAGUGUUUGGUAGUGGAGAGAAAAGAGCAUUUGAUACUGCACUACAAGAAAUGCUUAACCAGGCAACACUUGAGGUAAAGACUGCAGUAAAGCGUGAAGUCUAGAAUAA